GCGCGGGCGCGCCUCGGCUCGGCAGCCAAUCAGCGCGCGGCUUACAUGCGGCGCGUGGGGGGGCCGGCAGAGAGCGGCGCUGCCAUUGGCUGGGCGCGGCGCGGGGAGCGGUUUGAAUCGGCGGCGGCGGCGGGCGCGGAGCGCGGCCCGGGGACGGGGCGGCCCCGGGACACCCCCGGGACACCCCACAGAAAAGGAGAGGAAUAAGCCCAUAUGAAACGGUGCUUUCUGUGCAUAAACACAUCCCCAUGGAUCAUUUGAAAUUAAGGAUGUAUUUUCAAUCCCUGGUCCAUGAUAAUCCCACCAAGGCAGCUUAAUGGCAAGGUAUAAGAAAUGCAAACGAAAACGAAGAGCCCGAGCAAAAUUUCAACGGGAAAAGAAGAGAAAUGCUGCAAGCCCCCAGGGCUCAGUUUGUGCCUCUCCACGGUCACCAGCUCAUCUCCCUCUGAACUCCUCACCAGCCCCAAGGUGCUCCCAGUGGCCUUUAGCCUUGCCCAGUGUAAAAAGUGUGGUCAGACCCUUGACAACAGCAGCAGCAUUUCUGUACUGGUGGUGCCAGAGCAGGGUUGCACAGAGCUUUCAGGUGGUUAAAGACACCAUAUUUCCAUCACAAAUCUACUUAAGGGAGCUAAAUGCAUUCAGGGAGAAGCUGGAGAAGCUGGAAAGGGAAUUUUCCAAGCUCCAAGGAGCCCUCCAGAUGAACGGAGCAGCAGCUUUGUCCCCAGAAAGUUCCCUUUGCCAAAGGUGUCACAAGCCAGUCCUGGGUGCUCCUGUGGGGACACAGAUGGAUCCUCCACCCUCAGCACCUGUGCCUGUGUCCAUCCCCCCUCCUCCUCCUCUUCCUCCUCCUCCUCCUCCGCCGCCGCUGCCUCCGCCAAAGCUGCCUCCAGCACCUCUCCCCCUCCAACGGGGCACAGCCUCCAAAUUGGCACCACCAGUGAAAAAGGAUGGGCCCGUGCACAUCACCCUCAAAGACCUCCUGAAUGUUAAACUGAAGAAAACAAGCAGCAGCCUGAGAAUGGACAAGGAACAAUCACCAGUGAAGCCACGCAGGGCAUUAAUUACAGUCACAGAUCUACAGAGCGUUAGUCUGAGACCUAAAUCCAAGCCACCACCUCAUGCUACAAAAUCUUUAAUUACCUCCCCUAAAAAUCAGAUUGAUCUUCGGAAGCAUCUGAAGAAAGUCGAUAUACAAAGAAGUCCUGGUGGCACUCCUCUGAAUAGUAAGGAAAACACUGAAUGUGGCUCUGGGCUGACCCCAAUAAUGACACGGGCACUACGGCGCAAAUUUCAGAUGGCUCACCCCAAGAGUCCCUCGCCUGCACAGCUGAGUGCUGCAAACAGCUUUGAUGAAAAGUAAAAAGGAAAGCAGGUUUAUGGAACAAUUCUCCAUUUGUGCUCAGGAAGCCACUUGAAUCCCAUUUUUAUCACACUCAGGCACAUGUAUUUGUAAGUAAAUGCAAUGCACAGGAAAAGGGGGCAUUAUGAGACCCUGUAAAGCAGAUUGUGCUUUUUAUCCCUCUCUAAUGUCUCUCAAUUUGGUUGCAUCUUCAUUCAUAAUGGAAAAAAAUAGGAAAUUUCCCAAGUCUUUUGACACGUGGGUGCUGCUGAAGCAGGGACUGUUACGCUUCUAGCACUGGUGCUGCUUGUCAUACAAAUACGUGUUUGCUGAAAUUCAGUAUUCUUAUGUAUUUUUUAAACAAAGAUAUCUUGACGGUAUUUGUACAGUUUCAAAGAAAAACAACAGUGGAACGCGCUAACGUUAUUAAAGUGGAAAGCUGCAUGCUUCAACAAACAGUUCGAGUCUGUGGCUACAAAUGUCAGAGGCACUGUGUAUCACUGA